AUGUUCUCUGCACAAUUCCGCCAUUCAGCUGUUUUCUUUCAGAUUCUCUCUGCUCUACUAUGGUCCCGGGUUAAUCAAGGAAUGCGUCUUCUGCUUCUUGUGCUAAUCGGCUGUGUUGCCGCCUCAAAUAUAGUAGAAGGAAGCGGGGACGAUUCCGCAACGAAACAUUCCGUUUCAUCACCGGACGUAGAAAUCCAUGGAUCUGGCUAUGGUAGCGAUGACGAGGAUGGCGACUCCAUACACGGAUCCGGUGCUUCCAUCGUUGAAGUCGUUGAAGGAUCAGGAAAGGUUGUCCCUUCAAUACAACAACGACCGCAGGUGACGACCACCACUACUACUACGCAUAUCCCUCCUGUACAUUCAACUUCGGAUUUGGAGCAGUCACAUUUUUUUCAACGCGAAUACUCAAAAACAGGAUUGAAAUGUUUCAUUCAGGCUUUCAAUCCGGUCGUUCCUAUUCGACAACUGCCAAAGGAUGACAUGACGACAACGAAGUUGUACUUGCCUGUAUCCGGUGAUGCCAAGCAAGCAAAUAUGCCAUGUACAAUGUGUGUACAGUCGUUUUUGAAGUACCGCCAUGUGGAGAAGCGUCCGAGUGGACGUGCUGAUAUUUGCAUACUGCUAUGGUGA